AUGUUUAAGCCUACAUCCCCUAUGAUGGCGCGUUUGCGCUUGACGACCAAGGCUGUCAAUGGUGGCUACUAUAAGGGUAACCGAACCGGCUCAAUGGGUUACUUCGAAAAGAAGGGCAACUACGUGAUCGAUUGGAGGAAAGUCCGCACUUAUGUUGUACCUGAAGACUUGGCGGAUUUCAAGCUCACACCCUUUGUCUCCAAACAAGCCCAAUCCACGGGGAGCAAAUACAAAAAGAGCAUUGAGAGACACGGCCAAACAGUCAUCGUUCCCGACAGCCUCAAAGGCCAAGACUAUAUCAACUUGUGGGGUGAAAGGAACUACGAGGAAGUCGUCGAGUUUGAGGAGGCUGAGCAGAAGUCGGUCGAAUCUAGUAAAGAGACCUCUUCCUAA